AUUGUGUCAGGCGAAUUUUCAGACAUGGGUCCUGGCACGAGAGAAACUUUUGCGCUACAGUAACUUUCAACUCUCAUCCUUGGAAGUCAUUUUGAUUAUAUUUGAAAUCAAAACCAAAUCUAAAUAAUUUCCAUUCAUUAAAUUGUUAAUUCUUAUCGAUGGAAAUUGUUUAGAGAAAUUGGAGUUUUAUGUAUUUGCAGAUAAACUAAAACUGAAAUUUCAGUCCAUUUUUGAACGGGGGCUAACAAUUUUUUGUGUUUAUAUUAUUGUUCAGACAUAUUUGAGUGAAUUUGUGAAGUUCAGAAAAAUUUGGGUGUUUGGUUGUGAGGAAAUUAAUUUUUGGAAAAUUGGAGUUUUUAUUUAUUGGCAGCUAAAAUAAAACUGGAAUUUCAGUCAAUUUUGGGUGUUUUGUAUUCAAUUAAAAUCAAUAUAACUUCCAUAUUUAAAUUUGUUAUCCAUGGAAAAAUGUAAUUUCUGAUAGUCUGCCAAUCCGAUUAAUUGAAAUUUAUUUUUCCCGUGUUUUCGUUUUGCCUAGCUUAUGAAAUCAAAAAUGAGUCAGGGUUGCUCAGCUGCUGUUCGGCUAGAAUUUUUUUUCACAAAUUUGUGAAUGUUUUUCUCCAACUAAACCGAGCCUAGUCUCUAAUUCAAUUCAUUCAGAAUUUUUUAUAUUCAUUCCAUUCCAUUUCAUAUCUCUCGACUUUUUGAAGUUACAAUGAAUGAAUCGAGUGACUCUAGUCCAGGAAUUAUAAUCAACUUGAAUUCCAAUUAUUCGAAUUAUCAAUUUGACCCCUUUACUAUUCCCGUACUAUUGAAUAUUAUUCCAUUUAUUUAUAUUAUUCCCACUUGCUUUGUUAUUUUCCGAAUUAUUCAAGUUUAUAUUGUAAAAGGACUACGGAAUAAUGAUGAGAUUGUCAAUAAAAGUGUUUUCUUGGUUAUUAUACUUUCACAGCUUUCGUGUCUCUGCUUCUUCCUGUCCGACGUUCUGAUUGUCCGGCUCCCCACAACUGGAAUUCUGACUAAAUGGUGUCAACAGCAACCAGCAAAUCAUAUUCUAACAAUCGUAUUCACAUCCCAAAUAUAUUUCGCCUAUACUUUAAUGAUCUACCCGGUUUUGUUGAUUGUAGUACGAAUAACCCCGAUUCAGUAUCCACAAAGUCAUCGAGAGAUCAACUCGAAAAUACUUGCCUAUAGUAUUCCAUUCAUUCACAUCUACCCUAUAUUCUUCAUACUCCACAUGAUACCAGCUUUAGGGGUCUGCCGACAAUUAUGGAAACCAUAUCCAUUUGGUUGUGCUUUUAUACACUUUUAUGGGUCUUGGCACGAUCUCAAAAACUCUCCAUUUGAAGUGAUAAAUUCUGUUUUGUGGCUUAUAAUAUUUCUAAUUUGUAACUUCAAGCUUUAUCAGAAAAUUCAGAACUUGAAAGGGACUUCUCGUGGCAACUCCAACGUGAAUCAAAGUUCAAGAUAUCGCAGAGCUGAGAUCUCACUGACACUGACUUCAGGUUCAAUGAUCCUAACAUAUAUUGUGAAUUUUAUAUUUCAGGCAAGCUUGAACCAACCGAAAAUCUGGAAUUUACCUUUUUUUCAGGGAACUUUUAUAAUUAAUUUCACUCUGAUGACAUAUAGUUCGUUCUUCCGUCCAUAUGGAUAUGAUCUCGAGACAUGUGUAGUUCCAUGGAUGCUCUAUUUAACUCAUCCAGCAUUUCAAAAACGGAAAGAAUCAAUCACUGUGACACCAAGUCUACAAAGAGAGAGGAUUCCAUAAGUUUAAAAUGUGUUUUUAUUUCAGCAGCACAUUUUUAGUAUAGAUGCAUCUUAAUAAAGUUUGAAAAAUUCCACAAAAA